AUGCUAGAAGCCAGAGACCGAAUCGAGAGACCAGUGGAUUACUCGGCCGUAUUUGUCAACAGACGCAGCCACGGUGUGUUACUCGACGAGCCAGCCUCACGGCUUAGUUUGCAGAGAUUGCCAUCGGAUUCUCAGGUGAAUCCAGAACCUAUUGGUCGAGGAUCUUUGGUUGGAACAGGCGGGCUUGUGAGAGGCAAUUUCGGUUCAUGGAGGCCUGGUAAUGGAAGAGGUCACAGCCCGUUUAGAUUCUCACAGGGAAGAGAGAAUAUGCCUAUGGUGUCUGCUAGGCGUGGAAGAGGUCGUGAAUCAGCUACUGUGUUACCUUCUUGGUACCCAAGAACACCUCUACGCGAUAUAACUCAUAUUAUUCGGGCUUUUGAGAGAAGAAGAGGAGCUGGUAUGGGAGUAGGAGGCGACGGCCGGGAGAUUGAGAUCCCAACUCACCAACAAGUUGGUGUUCUUGAAUCUCCAGUAUCAUUGUCAGGUGAACAUAAUUGCUUAAUGGUGACUCCUGGUCCAUAUGUGGGAUUCAAGCGUAAUUGUCCACCGUCAACUGCUAAAGUCCAUAAGAUGUUGCUUGACAUCACUAAAGAGAUAUCUGAGGAAGAAGAAGCAGCAGGCUUCAUCACACCCGAGAAGAAGCUACUCAAUUCUAUUGACAAAGUAGAGAAGAUUGUGAUGGAGGAGAUCCAGAAAUUGAAGAGCACUCCUCGCGCUAAAAGGGAUGAACGGGAGAAAAGGGUACGGACUUUAAUGUCAAUGCGAUGA